AUGCGCACUUCGGAGCCGUUGUCCAUUGUCUACCAAGAGCCACCUCACGUUCCAGACUAUAUUGGUGUACCGGAGCCACUGGUCCAGAAGCUGAUCAAGCUGUACUUCUCUCAUGUCUACAAUUCUCACUUGCUCCUUCAUGAGCCAUCAUUCAUGCAUGAGCGGUCGCUGGGCCUGAUCAAAACCCAUGUCGUACUUAGCGUCUGUGCGUGGGGCGCAAUAUUUUACCGAGAUCAUGAUGGCCAAGCUACCCUCAUCGACCAUGGCUUCGCGCGCGAGUGGGCUACCAGAGCAGGGCAACUGGUACUCAGCGAGAUCGAAUCGCCACACGAAGACAACGUCGUGACAUGCGCGCAUCUGCACCUGUUCUGGUACACUCGAGGCUCGUGGAGGAGAUCGUAUAUUUACAAAGGGAAUGCAAUACAAACCGCACACAUCCUUAAUCUCGCGGGCACUAGGCGGUCCAAGUCUUCUGAUCUAGCAGCCGAGAUCUCUCGCCGUCGCUUCUGGGCAUGCUACUUAAUCAACUGCCACAGUUCAGAGUCCAUCUUUGCUAUCAAUUCAUUGAAGAAGGUAAGCAGUCUAGCACUGCCGUGGCACGAUGCAGAUUUUGAGAAAGGAGUAUCGUCGACCGCGCCCGAUACUCUGGAGUCAGACUCACCAAGUGGUUCAAUGUAUGCCGAAGUCAUUCGUGCUAUGACACAGUGGUCUUCAGUAAAUGCCUUGAUCAACGUCAAGGACAGUCCGAUGGACGAGAGAAUCAACAGCAUGCAUCAACUUGACGCCAAGGUGAGAGACUGGUGGGCACGCGUGCCAGCCAGCCUUUGCCUUGAUGCCGACACCCUGGCGUGCACACAAAGUGUCCCUAUUCCGAAGCUUCUACUGAUUAACGUCGCAUACCACCAGUGCUUGUGUGCACUCCAUUCCUCAGUGGUCCCGCUAUUCUCAUGGGGACCAAGUACGUCAGCGCCAGCCUUCACGCGACAGAUAUCUGCACAAAUUGCCUACGACAGUUCCUGCGCAAUAACACAACUGCUAGACUUGGCUUCCGUGCGUGGAGAGGACGUAUCGAAUUACCCCAGCUUCAUUGGAUUUGCCGCCUACUGCAGCUUCGCCGUGCAGGCUCCGUUCAAAUGGUGCCUAGAUCCCGCUGUACGCGAAAGAGCAGACCGGAUAGGUACUGCGAACAUGAACGUUAUCACCAAGAUGGCUAAAUACUGGCGUUCAAUAGCCUUGCUUGAGAUAUAUGCUACAUACAUCACGCAAAUGCACAUGCAGAACCAACCGGGACUAGAAGGUGAACCCAAGGUCACAAGCCCUGCAAAGUUGAAAGGGUUCUCUAUCGAAGCUUCUCUUGCACGACGCACCAUUCUCACCAUGAAUAGCAUUCUGUGGAAGGACGAUGGUGCUUAUGCCAUCGAAGGCGAGGAAGUGACGGUCAUCAGCCCAGAGGGUCUCACUCAAGGCACAGAUCUGCAGCACGGAUCAAACAGUACUGAGGGUACGACGCUUGUGACGACCAAUAUCGAGCCCCACGAGACUUACCAUAUGCCUCUUAUCGACACCACGGGCGGUGUCUUCAGCAGCGACGGACUGGGAGACUUCUUCCAACCAAUCUUGAACGCUUCGUCUAUGUUCCACGCAUUCGCUGAUGACUUCAAUUUCGACAUGCUCAGCAACAAUCUAUACACUGAAUCCGGUGCUGCUCAUUGA